AUGUUUUGGGGACUUAUUAUGGAACCUAACAAGAGGUACACACAAGUUGUGGACAAACCAUUCCAUAUCUCACAUGCGGCUAUGGACAUAUCGACAGGUGAUACUGCGCCAUGCCAAGUCAUGAUUGUUGUGGAUGGCAAAAACUUCCUCGUUUGCACAUUACAAAAGAAACACUCCAUACAGAUGCCUCUUGAUCUUUACUUCAAAAAUGGUGAAAGUGUGUCGUUUUUGACGAAUGGAAAAUGCAAUGUGCAUUUGACGGGAUAUGUGGAUCCAGAAUUUGGUGAUGAAAUUUCUGAUGAGGAGGGGGAAGAAGAAGAAGAGGCUGAAGAACAGGUGGAGCCAAAGGUGGCCAAAAAUAAGAGGAAGCAUGAAGAGGGCAAAGACAGUGCUGCUAAAAAACUUAAGAAUGGAAAAAAAGCAACUGCAAAUGAAGACAGUUCGGACGAUGAAGAUGAAGAUCAGCUGCAGAAGUUUCUUAACGGUGAAGACAUAGACAGUGAUGAGAAUGAUGAAUCUUUCACAUUUAAUACAUCUGCAGAGGCUGAUGAUAGUGAUGAAGAAGAAGACAGUGAUGAGGAGGAGGGAGACGAAGCUGGUGAGGAAGAUGAAGAGGAAAGUGAUGAUGAAGCCGAAACAUCUAAAGCCUCUGAAGCUGACACUAGUAAGGAUGACAGCCAAAUUGACAUGAGCAAACUCACAAAAAAUCAAAAGAAACGCCUGAAGAAGAAAUUGCAAAAGGAAAAGGAGGGACAGGUGAAUGGAGUAGAGAAGCCAAAGGAAAAAGCAGAACAGCCACAAAAGCAAGAUAAGAAGAAGGCAGAUACCAAAAAAGAAAAGGAAUCUCCAGCUGGUGAUAAAAAAGAAAAGAAGUCCCUUAGUGGAGGUGUGGCUAUAGAAGACUUAAAAGUGGGCACAGGACCUGUGGCAAAGGCUGGUAAAACUGUAAUGGUUUACUAUGAAGGACGAUUGAAAACAAAUAAUAAAAUGUUUGACAACUGCACAAAGGGACCAGGUUUCAAGUUUAGGUUGGGGGCCAAGGAAGUAAUUGCAGGCUGGGAUGUAGGAGUUGCUGGCAUGAAAGUUGGAGGCAAGAGGAAGAUUGUUUGUCCGCCUGCCAUGGCAUAUGGUGCCAAAGGAUCACCACCAGUUAUUCCACCAAAUGCGACUUUAGUGUUUGAAGUAGAACUAAAAAAUGUUAAGUAA